UCAGGGAGCAAAACUCUGGGCAGUCUUCAAAGAGGGGGCCACCUCGACAGGGAGAUUGCAAAACAGCAGCUAAAAGGGAAGGUGAGGAGGCGGUCACCAGCUUGCAAGAGAUGGCAGCAAAGCAUCUGUCUGUCUCUGACAUGCAGAGAGUUUCACGGUCAGUCCAGGACCAGGUCCCAGCCCUGCAGACCCCUGCCCAGCCCUCGAGAGCUCCCCAGGGCCAGCUCCUGAAGAGUAACAGCAACAAUCUCCGCAUGUUUGAGGAGCAAGUCCUCUGUCCCAUUUGCCUGGAGGUGUUCCACUGCCCGGUCACCACCGCCUGCGGCCAUAACUUCUGCAUGACCUGCCUCCAAGGUUUUUGGGACCACCAGACUGCCAUGGGCGAGACGCUCUAUUGCCCCCAAUGCCGAGAGAACUUCCCCUCCAGGCCCCGCCUCUCCAAGAAUGUCAUCCUGGGGGAGAUGGUGGCCUGCUUCACCCAGUCCAGGGGCCAGGCCUCAGGCUCCCUGUGGAACCUGGCGGGGCCCCAGGACGUGCCCUGCGACUUCUGUUCCCCCCAGAAGCUCAAAUCUGUCAAAUCGUGCCUGCAGUGCAGUGCCUCCCUGUGCGAGAAGCACCUACGAAGCCACUUGGAGGACCAGCUGUACCAGGACCACCAGCUGCUGGAGCCCGUGUGGGAUCUCAAGACCCGCCUGUGCCGGAAGCACCACAAGCUGCGGCAGCUGUACUGCCGCACGGAGGGCUGCUGCGUGUGCGCGGCCUGCCUGCUGGAGGAGCACAAGAACCACGACACCGCCCCGCUGGAGGAGGAGCGCGCCAGCAAGGAGGCCGAGGUUCGGAAGGUCCAGGCCAACGUGGAGAACCAGAUGCUGAUCCUCGCCUCGGACAGCAAGAAGCACCGGGGGCAGGUGGCCUUUCUCUCGAAACUGAUCCAGACAGCUCGAGAUGAGGUGAACACCUGCUUCUUGGAGAUGAGCAAAGAGAUCAAACAGCUGCAGAUAAAGGUCUUGGAUUUUGUGGAGAAAGAGGAGGCAGCCGCCCUGGAGAAGCUGGGCAGCUCCAUCCAGCAGAGCCACAACCGGCUCCUGAAGCUGGAGGGGGACAGCGUCUGGCUCCACAACCUGCUCAGCCACCGCAGCGACCAGCAAUUUCUGCAGGAGUUCCACAAGCUGAAGCAAUUCCCAGCCUGCAUGGAACCCCUGAUGGGCAUCCACUGUGAGGAAACACAGAGCUUCCUCCAGCUGCCAGAGACCCUGGCCAAGCUCCGGACCCAGCUGGUGGACAUGGGUCUCGGCUUCAUCAACCAGCUCCUUCUGAAGGGCAUCAAGAUGAGCUUCUAUGAGGUGCUGCCCCCAGCUGUGGACCGGAAAACACUCCUCAAGUGUUACUGCAACCUGAACUUCGACCCUUCCACGGCCAACGAGGAGCUGUUCGUGUUCAAGGAGACCUACUCCGUGCUGAACCUGGGCAUCCUCCUGGAGCCGUCCAGCGCGGGCGGGCCCCUGCCGGGCUUCAAGCAGUGGCCGCAGGUGCUGUGCUCGCGCAGCCUGUCGGAGGGCCGCCACUACUGGGAGGCCGAGGUGUCCAACUCGUGGGUGUGCCUGGGCGUCACCUACCGCCGCAGCCAGCCGCUCAACGGCCCCGCGCGCCGCAACAUCAUCUACCUGCUGGGCCGCAACCCCCACUCGUGGUGCCUGGAGUGGGACUCGCUCAAGUUCUCGGUGUGGCACAACAACACGCAGACGGUGCUGCACGGCGCCUACCACCGCACGCUGGGCGUGGCGCUCGACUGCGCCACCGGCUGCCUGUCCUUCUACGGCCUCACGGGCGGCGCCAGCCUCAUCUACCGCUUCCUCGCCCCCUUCCUGGAGCCGCUGUACCCGGCGGUCAUGGUCAGCAGCGGCGCCUCGGUCACGCUCAAGCAGCGCCCGGAGGCGUAGGCGGCGGCUGGGCGGGCUCAGGGCGGCUGCCAAUAAAGCUGGACUCGAAGCA